AUGGACACCCCUCCAAGGCCCGCAGGGUCUGUUGUGAUUAUCGGCGCUGGAACUCAGGGCAGGCGCCUUGCAUUUAUGUGGUCGAGCAGAGGCGGCUCUGUGUGUCUGGUCGACCUUCAGGAGCAGCAGCUUCACGACGGGCUGAGCUAUGUGCAUCAGCUGCGGAGUGCGGAGGCCAGCCUGGACAGAAAUUGGGGAGAGGUGGCACUUGCCCACCCAACUUCCCUGGAUUCUAAAUUGCAAGACGCAUGGCUCGUUGUCGAGUGCGUGCCCGAGAACCUGGCACUAAAGCAGAAAGUUAUCACUCAGCUGGAUGAUCUGGCUCCCAAAGACACCAUCAUCGCUUCCAACUCUAGCAGUUAUGGCAUUUCCGAAAUUAUUGCGGGGCUAAACCUGAAGCAGAAAAGCAGGAUAUUGAGCGCACAUUGUUAUUGGCCACCAGAGACAUCAGCAAUCGAAAUCAUGGGACACAAGGAUACUGAUCCUGCUGCUGUCUCCCUGCUCUUGGAGCAAUGCAAGUCACAUGGGUUUUCCCCCUUCCAUGUCAAGAAAGACUCCAUCGGGAUUUGGGCCGCUAUCAAGCGUGAAACGCUGCUGGCUCUCUCCGAGGGGGUUUGUACACCUCAAGAGAUCGAUGCAAUAUUCAAAGAUGUCUUGAAGACACCAAAGGGUCCAUGUGAACAGAUGGAUGUUGUUGGCCUCGAUGUAGUAUUGGACAUUGAGAACCACUAUGCAGACUCCCGAGCAGGUGUCCCUGACGAACCGAGAGAAUACCUUCAGAAAAUGAUUCACAGCGGGCACCUUGGCAUCAAAAAUGGCGAAGGGUUUUACAAAUACGCAGGAUGA